CAAAGUCAAGGUGUCGCGCCCUUUCGUCGGGUUCCAACCCGACGAAAGCGGGCUCGGGGGGCAACGCAUGGCCUCCAGCGACGAGCACCGAGUGAAGGGGCCCGCCGCAGCAGUUUCGAGCCGAGCGCGCCGGCCUCGACGGCAUGGAAGGACCACUCAGUGUCUGGACAAGCUUCAUCAGCGGCUGGCACUUGUGCUGGGUGGUGCUCGACGACCGCAACGGCAUGCUCUACCGAUUCAAGUCACAUCACCAGAGGCGGAAACGAAUGGGCUUGCUAGCUAAAUUCGGCGGCAUCAAUCUCCUGGGUGCCAUUGUGACGAAGGACCCCAGAAGACCCAACGGUUUCUCCGUCGUCUCAGAAGGCCGAGAGUACAGAUUUCAAGCUCCCAGCGAAGACGAGCGCGACGCGUGGGUGAUGGAGCUCGAAGAGGCGGUUCUUCGGCAGAUGGUCUGUCGCCGAGCCUACCACAUAUGGGACAGACGAUACAUUGGGCCGACUCUGGCCCUUGUGAACGCCAAGCUGCAGGAUGCUGGACUUUUGUACGAGGAGCUGGCAUGCAGUUUGCAGGAGCUCGACAGGCGUUGGUCAACUGAAGAGGCAGGCCAGAGAACGCGAUGGCCGGGCGUCAUACGAGACUUACUGGCUUUUCUUACAACUGCUCGUGCCACCAUGGCUUUGCUGGAAAAACUGAAGGAAAUGAUUCUUCCAGGACUCCUCGCGCAGCUGGACACAAUGCAACCACGAAAGAAAGCAGCCACCAUGCUCAGCUUGCUCAGGACGCAAGCAGCCGGCCUGGCUGUGGACCCACUCUCCGUGCUGCUUCGCCGGAACCCGGAGCCUACGGUCGAAGGCAGCGCGUUGCUCGAGCCGGCCGUUCGGGGGUCGCGCACCCGUCUGCACCACCCGCUGUCCGAAAUGGCGCACACUGACCACUCGGGAUACGCGUCUAGAUUGGACGCGUUGGGACGCCGCAGUCCGCCAGGCCGCCGAAGUCCGUCAACGUCCGAGCGCACCGGAACGCGAAGUCUGCCCACGGUCCGAAGUCCCCGAAGCGGCAGCGGUCAGCAGCUCGCAAAUUCCGACGACUCCUCCUUCAUGUCAGUCAGCGACAGCGUCACCUGGUCACAGGCCCGUUUCGCCACCGCUGUCAGCAGCAUCGAACGCUCCGACGUACACGCCGACAACAAGAGUUCCCGGUCAAUGAUUACCGCCGCCACGGCUCAAUCCAAGCGGUCAAGCCAGAAUAGCAGCGAUUCUUCUGAGAGCUCGGAGACGGAACCCUCCACUCCAUCGUCGAUGUCUUCGGCCGAUCAUCGCUGGCAGGUCGACACGCUGGUGGGGCAGGGGCAGGCGCCAGAAAGUCGGCCGCCGUCGAAGCAUCACUCAAGGACACCACCGCUAUUCUUGACGGUUGGGACCAGCCGCAUAUGGGAAGAACCACCCGGUCCGACGGCACGCACCCUGGGCGACCUCUGUUCAUCGCUUCCCUUCGGCGAGAGCCUGCUGCAUCUCGACUACCCGAUGCCGCUGCUCCAGGCUCGCUCGUGUCUUCAGGCGCUCGCCGAUUUGUUCGCCUGCCCGGAGCUGUUCGCGGAGAUCGGCUCGUCGACGCGCGCCUCGGAGCGAAUGCUACGCGCGCUACGCUGGUACCUGGCCGGUAUCCACUAUGUCAAGCGAGGCGACGGCAUCACCAAGCCGCUGGAGCCGGUGUUGGGAGAGACACACCUCUGCACGUGGCCCCUGCGCUGCAGCCAAAGCAUGGGAGACCUGCAGUACGCCGCUGAACAGGUCUCCGUCAACCCGCCGCAGACGUGUCUAUACGCCGAGUGCUCCUCCAACGGCAUACGAGCUUUGGCGCAGCUUCAGCCUGAGGCAUUUAGCGUCGGUUCGUACGUGCAGAUCCGGCUGCACGGCAAGGUCAGCGUCUACGUGAGCCACUAUUCCGAAGAGUACCUGUUCGAGCUGCCAGCUGCAUCCGUGCGAAACAUUUCAAGCAAGCCCUGGUUCGAGUUUUGCGGCGUCGUGAAUGUCAGCUGUCGCCAGACAGGCUAUCACGCAAAGAUGAAGUUCAUGGCUAAGGCUCCGAUGCCAAGCAGUCAGAGACACAGCAUUCAAGUGGACGUCUACAACCCCGUCUUGAAUCGACCCUUCGUGAGGCUGCACGGUCGAUGGACGGACAGCGUGACGGCCUCCUGGGCCUCUGGAGAGACAAAGGAAAUCCUGAACGCACGGUUACUCAAGCAGGCCCGCCGGGAACCUACCUUCAUCCCAGAAGACAAUCCCAAAUGCUCUACCAUAGUAUGGCGAACUGUUACGGAGGUGCUGCGCCGCAGGAAGUUUCAGGAAGCCUACGAUCAGAGGCUUAACGUGCUGAAGUUAACUGAGCCAAACUACCAGCCCAUGCUGUUCAAGAAAGAAGGGGACGACACCUUCAGCUACAAAAAUGAUUUGAAAAGAAAGUCCGAGAAGAAACUUCAGUAGUGCCUGGAAU